UAAAUUUCAAGUUACCGCCAUCUUCUUCCUCUCUAUCUCUCUCUCUCCCCUCAUUUUGUACCGCUUUCAACUUUCCCGCCAUUACAUUAUUCUGCAACUGCUUGAGCUUCUGUCCUCUUUCUUCCGCCUUCUCUAACUCGGCUCUACGAAUCACAGGUUCGCAAGUAAUGGAAGUAUGGAAAUGGAGAAAACUUUGGCUAUGGUAAAACCAGAUGGGUUGCGUGGUAACUACACUGAUAGAAUUAAACUGGCCAUUUUGAAGUCAGGCUUCAGAAUUUUGAAGGAAAGAAUAAUGGAAUUGCAUGAAGAUAGAGCAAGUCGCUUUUAUGCUGAACAUUUGUCAAGAAGCUUCCUUUCUAGUCUGGUCAAAUACAUGACAAGAAACAAAAAUCCAAUCGCAGAUUGGCGUGCUAUGAUUGGGCCAACGGAUGCAUCUAAAGCUAAGGCUACACAUCCCAACAGCAUUACUGCAAUGUAUGGCUUGGAUCAGAGAAAAAUUUGUGUUCAUGGUUCAGAUUCUCUUCAAUCAGCAAAAAGAGAGAGAUCAUUUUUCUUUGAUGAGGAAAUUGAGAGCAAUGGAGAAUGUUAGAAGGUAAAAUCUCUGAAAACCCGAGGUGAUCAUAACGAAGAAAGAAAAGAAUUGUGCUAAGAAGUUCCAUCUCAAGUACAAUAGGUGCAACCUUGGAACUGGGCAUAUGGCUUUCUUACUUCCAGACCCCCUUUUAAGCAUCCAAUACCGUUUAAGAUCUUUUACUCUGCCAGAGAUGACACUUUUCUAGAUUGGCAUUCCCGAGUGCAUUUUGAUGAAUAUGCAAAGGUGUAAAUGUAAAUGUAAAUGUAUAAGAGAAUCUUUAAUUGAAAGGCAUGAGUCCAUUUUACCCCGUUGUAAAUUGUAAUCCGACCUAAAUAUGUAUAGUAUGUACAUAUGAUAUCCUUAUCAUGCCAUAUUUGUACUCUCGACCUAGAUGUCUAUUUACAUAUCUUAAUAUGUAGAUCUAUGUACUCCACAUUUGUUUGAUCUGAAUAAAUGUGGAGUACAUAUGUGCACCCCUUCAGCCCUUAAAAACAUUGAUCUUAAGUAACCUUUCACACUUUGUUUGCUCCAAUGUAAACUGUAAAGUAUGGGCCUGUAGCAUCCUUUCCGUGCCCCUUUUGUCCAGUUGCCAUAAGACUGAAGAUUGAUUGGUUUUACUUGUUAGCGAAUUCAUGUAGGAAAGUGAGAUUGUAGUUUUGUAACCCACGACUGCUACACUUUCAGAUUUACGUAUAUAUAAUUUUGGAUAUUUAGGUUAGCUUUAUAGAUUCCGAGUAUCUUAUAAAACAAUUAAUUUGAUCCUAUAGCAUGUUUAUGGCCGGAAAUUUAAUAUCUCAGAUGAUAUCAUGUAACAAUCCACCCCACUGCAAUGGUCCUCUUUGAGCUUUCCCUUUCAG